UAUUCGUCGUGAAUGUUGUGUGCUUCGUUAUUUAUGGACAGUCGGAGCUAACGCUAGCCCGACCAGCUGGCCUGGUCACACAAAGAAACCUUUACUUCCUAUUGCCGUGCUUGUCUGAAGGGAAAUCUCUUGUUGGACCCUUCUCACAUUUUGUGUUUUUGAAUGAUCGGAAGGGCUGUCUUUAGACUGUAUGUGUGGGUUACCUACGUGUUUGUGUCCGUGGUAAAUACAACGGCUCGCUGACCACUGGGAACUAGCUGCAUCAGGUUUAGGAUGGAGCGCUAACAUUAGACAAAUGCUAGGCUCACCCAGCUACGGGCUGUCUACACAGGAAUGGGCUUUUUUUAGAGUUGAAUCCGACGGUGAAGCGGUAAAUCAUCAUAGAACCCGUUUUCAGGAGACGGUUGUGUGUAAAUCUUAACACUAGCGAUUUGACUCCUGGCGUCGGCCUUUUUCCAUGCUAUCAUGUGAUACUAAGACAUACAGCUGCAUGUCACUGUGAUCUCCGCUUCCUGUGCUUCGAUGAAAAUGUGGUGAGGGGAGAGUAACUCAUGCUGCAUUAGUGGAACAGUGACAUGCUGGCCUGCCUGCCAGCAUCAGGUGACGCUUCCAUUCAUCUUCUCUCCCGCACGCAGAUGAACACUGGGCUUCAGAAAUGGGAAACUACAAAGAAAAUGAGAUCUUCCAACUACCCUACCCCAGCACAGUUGGACGCCUAUGCUAAGAAAAUCGCCAACAACCCGCUGACAAUCCAGAUCUUCCCAAACAGCGUCAAAGUACCUCAGAGGAAGCACAUACGGCGCACUGUCAACGGUCUGGACACGUCUUGGUCCAACCAGCGCCUCAGCCCCUACCCCUCUCAGGUCAGCGGCAGAGCAGGCCUCCUCGCCGUCCUGCGCACGCCUGCCAAAGGCAUCAGAGACUCAGACGGAGGUCGCGUGAGGCUCCUCCAAAAGCCCACCACCACCACCAUGAACCCCCACAACGGACCCUAUGCCACUCAAAGCACUUUAAACCUCCCUCAGCCCUCCUCCGGCCUGCAGGGCCCCUCGAUGCCUCAGGCCCUGGCCGCCCACAAGCAGCUGAUGGCUCACCCACAGACACUACAGCAGCAGCAGCACAACCUGGCUCAUCCAAUGAAUCUACAGCAGGCCCAAGCCAUGCCCCACCCUCACGCUCUGCAGCAGCAGCAGCGUAUGGCUCGCUCGCAAGCUCUGCAGCAACAGAACAUGGGCCCCCAGACAGGACAACAACAACAGCAGCAGCAGCAGCAACAACAGAGCAUGGGCCCCCAGCUGCAGACCGGACAACAACAGCAGCAGCAGCAGCAAACCCAGAUCAUGGCUCAUCCCCAAGGCAUGCAGAGGCAGCACAGCCUGCCCCACCCCCAGCAGCAGCAGCAGCAGCAGCAGCAGCAGCAGCAGCAGCAGGGGCUAACGGGGCCGCCGAGCCUGCCGCCCCAACACCGGCCUCCGCACCCGCACCAGGCGGCCCUGCACCAACAAGCUUUACUCCAACAGCCAGGGCAGACUCAGGAUCUGCGCCACGUGCCGGACGGGGUCCAGCUGCCCGGCCUUCAGCAUUCCCAGGCGCCACCGGGCCCCCAGGCUGCCGGCCCGGGGCCCCCUGACAACAACGCUAACGGCCUCCAGCAGCAGCCCGUCGUCUUCGGACCCCACCGGAAGCCCCCCGAUGCGGACGCCCCGCCAAACAUCACCGUAUCUACCUCAACCAUCCCACUGUCUAUGGCGGGCAGUCAGCACCAGAACCGGCACGGAGACCUCAAUAGCAUCGUGAACCAGAUCAACCAGUUCUGCCAGGCCCGCGCGGGCAUGGGCGCCACGUCGGUGUGCGAGGGUCAGAUCGCCAACCCCAGCCCCAUCAGCCGCAACCUGCUCAUCAACGCCAGCUCCAGGGUGUCCAAUCACAACCAGGGCCCCAUGUCGGCCUGCCUCAUGACGGGACCACCGGACAAGGCCCAGGGCUCUGCCGGAGCGAUGCACCCACAGGCCAGCAUGGCCGCCAUGAGCAGCAUGGCUGCCUACCACGCAGAGACAGAGAAGCUCCAGAUGCAGCACAUUCAGCAUCAGCUGAAGCAGCAGCAGCAGCAGUCGCUCCAACACCCACAGCUGCAGGCUCGUCAACAGUCGCACCAACACCCACAGCAUUCAAACCAACACCCACCCCAGCAGUCUCAGCAACACCCUCACCAACACCCUCACCAACAGUCUCACCCACACCCAUCACAGCAACCACACCAACACCCGUUGCAUCCACACCAACACCCCUCACAGGCCCAACAACAACAACAACAACAACAACAACAACAACAACAACAACAACAACAACAACAGCAGCAGCAACUGCAACAACUGCAGCAGCAGCAGCAGCAACAGCAGCAACAACAACAGCAACAACAACAUCAACGGCAGCAUCAGCAGCUCAACCUGCAGCAGCAGCGCUGGGCCCAGCACCAGAUGGCCCACAUGCAGCAGUCCCACGAGGAGGUCAACCCCUGCAAGAACCCCAGGAUGGAGGCUCCCUCCGAGCCUGGCUUUCCCGGCUCCCGGAACCUCAGCUACCCCCACAAGCUGCCCGGCGCCGCGCAGUCCUUCCCGCUCAAGCAUCCUCCGGAGAAGCCCCAGUCGUCGGCGUCCCCCCCCGUCGGCGGCCCCACGGCCGCCAUGCGCUACACCAACGGGCACUACAUGCAGCCGCCCUGGACCGGCAUCCCCGCCAUGGGCACCGGUCCUCAGGAGCUCCCGGUCCCCUUCCAGGGACUGCCACCCGGGGCCGCCACGGACUGCAACCCUGGGGCAAAGUACCGGCCGGGGAAGGCGGACGCCGGCGGUCCUCCCAAGCUGAUGCCGGGCAUGGAGUUCCUGGGCGGGGACCUCCAGAUGGCCGGCUACCACGAGCAAGGCCUGGACUUGGUGGAGAAGAUGCAGAGGCAGCCGGGUCCCCCUCCUCCCCCCCUCGGACAGGUGCAGGACCCCGGCAACGGCCGAGGCAUCCACGGCCACCACGCGGGCUACCGGUAAACGCCGCGCGGGAGCAGACGGAAAGUGGGUCACGUUUCGUGCGUGCAGCGUCCCACAGUGUACCACCCACCCCCCCCCCCCCCCCCCCCCCCCCAUUGUGCUCGUCCCGCGUCGCCUUGCAAGUGAUGGAUUGCGGCCCCUUGUUGUACGUGCCGCAGGGGGGGGGGGGAGGCGUCUCCCGGCUGCCCGCGGCUUCACAGUAUUCCUCAGGUCGUGCGUUGUUUCCUUUGUUCCACAUGAAGGGAUUGAAGAGAUUGUUCCACUGUUUUAAAAUGGAUUCCUGUUUUUACUGCAAACAUGAAUGUGCUGCUCUCUGUAUUUAUCUUAUUUAAAACGAGAUGUGGAGGACACUGUCGCAGCGAUGACCUCGAGGGUGAAUCGCGCAACGUUUUUUGUUUUUGUUUUAUUUUAACGAAGGGAUGCCCAGAAGCAAGAUUUAGGCUGUCCUUUUGGUUUUAUAAUACUUUUUAAUUUAUCUUCUUUUCAAGAUUGUAAUCAACGAUGGUUACGCAUAUUUUUCUGGAUUUCCGGUUGGGCUUUUAAAUACACUUAGAGUGUUGCUCCUGCGCUCGGGAACGGUGAACGAUGGUAUCAGUCCGGUUCAGAGCGGUUCCUUGAACAGCCACAUGGACUUUCAGAGCGUACUUCACGUUGCCUCGUGAAGGCAGAAUGACAGAACUCAACACACAUGUAAUGGAUUAAAUGCAAGCGCAUUCAUAAGGCAACAGCAAUAUAUAUUUCUCCCUGAAAUUAUAUCUUCCAUUUCCUCUUACGUUGGUCCAAGUGCCAUAUCCUGAUAGGGUUAAUUAAUACUUUAUAUAGAAAUGUCUUCAAAGGUUUUUAUUCAAAUUCUAUUAUUUUAUGUUUUAUGUUGUCGGUUACUACUUGAUUCAUAGUGGACAUUUUGAAUAGUUGGACAGGUGUAGGAAUUAAAUGAUCAGUAUCUUUUCUAAAACCUUCUGCUUAUGUGCAAUGGAAAUGUUGGCUUUUACAGAAUGGACUUCAUAGAUGUCAAUGAUUCUUAACUAAAAUUGACCCCUAGCAAGAAAUGAAAUCAGGAAAGGAAGCCUAUUGUUAUGGUUCGAGACUACUUCUAGCACCAAUGUAUUGCUUUAACAUGUAGGACAGUAGAGAUUACCAUCAAAAUGGUAAUUAUUAGUGUGUGCGUGCGUGAGAGAAGGCUCUUGACCUGCUUAACACUAGCCUUAUCCUUUUUUUCAAUGUAUAUCUACUACCUAUGAAGAGAAAAGAACCUCCCCACUUUGAUUACUGGUUAAAUGGGCUACAGUCUAGCGUAUACUCCUCCACUUUCUUACCUUUUUCUAGUAUGACAAUAUAACAGGCCUCGGAGACAUACUUCCCUGGUCCUCAUAAGCCUUAAUUAUUCCAAUAGUUAUCCACUACACAACUCAUUGAUUUAAACGAUAACGUUAUUUUGCAGGAUGUGACAUUAAUAACUUCUGCUGUGGGUGUUACCUUUUCAUUGUUUUAUCUAGAGGAAAGACUUGAAUUCAAAAUGGCCUCCAUCAGGAAUGUGUAGUUGCUGUUUACUUCAACAAAACCCAGUUUCUUCCAAAAGAAAAUGUCUCAACGCAUUAACCUAUUAUGGAAAAAUUCCCCUCCACCGUGGUGUAAAUUCUAAACACAAGUUUCAAAAGUUUGUUGGUAUGUAGAACUGGGCUAUACCAGUUGUGUAAAAGUCCUCGGGCACCGGUCUUUCUUUCGGUUUUUGUACUUGAUGGAUGUCCUUUUGUUUUUUUGGUUUAACUUAUUCUCUGUUAACUGUUUCAUGAAGCCAUAAGUCGGUCAGAAUGAGGUACCAAACGUGACACGUGUGACCAUGGUCCCCAACCACCACCCUGAUGGGAAGCAAGUGGCCAGGGUCAAGUGUUUUUAAGCGUGCUUUAAUCUGAGGUCCUGUACUGUAAAACCCUAUAGCUUUCUUCCUCUCUUCUACCUUCUGGGAACGGGAGGGCGAGCGUAGAGCGCCAUGAAGCGACCCUCGGGGUUCAAGCCUUAGCUUUUUCACGAUUCGGGUUUCUUUACUUUGGUUCCUUUUUUAGUUUUUUUUUUUUCUUUUUUUAUGUAACAUUUCUUGGCUCUGACGUGCCUGCCCCUUGAAGCUGCUGUUGAAUCUUAAAACACUAGUCGUGUGUGUGUCUGUGCAUGUGUGUGUGUGUGUGUGCGUGAGUGAGUGAGUCGAUUGUUUCGGUGGUCAUUUGCAUACUUCUCGGUUUGACUCUGUUCAACUGUUAACCCUAUCCCGAACCUCUACUUGAUGACCCACUUGGAGUACUCUGCCUCAUCUUUCCAAAUCCUAUCAAACUCGUCCAAAAAAAAAAUAAACAUCAAAGCGGCAUAGUUCUCUCUUCAUAACCGCGAGCCACCGGGGCCUGAAUAAUACAAAUAAAUGUAGCUUGUCGGUUGGAUAAUUCUCUGUUGGUACGUUGCUGUGCGUAUUUUUUAUCGACGACACCAGACGUUGAAAGGGUGGGGGGAUGAACUUGAGACCAGAGGGACAUCAAACCUUUCCCUGAGCGUGGUUGUGCUCUGCCGUGCCGGGCCCCCACACAGUCAUGUUCCACAGCUGUCCUAUGAAGUGCCUCUGUGUUGGACGGGUGCUGCCAGGGGCCAAACGGGUCAGAGGGCUGGCGCGUGUGAUGUGUGUGGAUGUGCGUGUUGAGGGUCGACUGGAGGCUUUAGGUACUUGCACACAAGUGGUGCACACCCGAGAGCAAGAGGUGCACUAAAGGUGAAUUACUGUUGGAUUUUCUUGUUUUUUGGGGGGGGAAGUCACAAUUCUUUGAACUACUGAUACUGUGUCAUGGGACACGGUCCCAAAGUGUGCCACAAUUUCUAGACACUGUUGCAAUGCGUGUUGUAUAGGACUGUUUGCCGUCUGCUCACUGACCAAAGUGACCAAGCGCCCUUCUUUUUGAACCACCCCGGUCCCUGAAAGACCUGUGUGCGCUUUUAUUUUGAAAUAUAGCUUGUUUUAUGGAGGCGGGGUGGACAAGAGUCAUCUGGUCUUCAGUAAUGCCUGUGAAAAUAAAUUGUGAAGAUGUGACUAGAGUAAAAAUAAAAGACUAAAAGAGU